GUGGGAACUGCUUUGCUUAUUGCUACUUUUAUAGCCAACAGAAAUCAAAAGAAGAAGAAGAAGGGUAAGUGUUUCAUUAUCCUUGGGAGAUAAUGUUUCGAGGGAAGGGAAAAUGCCGCUUUUGAACUUACUUAUAUCAAUUGCUACGUCAGCUUUAGAAGCUCAUAAGCUUAAAUUCUAUUGACCAACUUUCUACGGAUAUGACAAUAGUAUACGUCAUUUACUAUUUCAGUGUUUCAAUUUCAAAUACUUUUAUUACAAUUAACAAUAUAAACGAAGGUCCUUAACAGUACUUGAUUAAAAUUUAUGAGUCAUGCACGUACAGAGGACCAUGUAUGUACUAAUAUUCUUAUUCAUCACCAAGUUGCAGUGGUGGUAUUUAUGUAAUAUACAAGAAGAUGCCACUAUUGAAAACAAUAAUAAACCAUAACAUUUGAGUGGAAGCAAAUUUAUUGAUCAACAAAUAUGCUGUCCUGUUCAUUUGUUGUUUUCAACACUGUACGGUACAUGUAUCAUGUCAAUGUUAGAUGUUGAAACUGGCCAUUCAUUAAAUGUUGAAAACUGUUGAAUAAGAUUUUAUUAUGGCUUCUGUUCAACAAGUUGCUACUUGUUAAACAGCAACGCAACCAUUGUUGUGUAAUCAACAAAUGUUGAACUCUGUGUUGUUGAUUAAUGAGAGGUGAUGAUUGGCUCAAUCAUCUAUGUAACUUGGGAGCCCUGUGUGUGAAUAAGUUAACGUAUCCUGUGAAGGUUUAAAUUCUGUACUUCCUACCAAGGGGGGUUUGAAGUUAAAACAGGUUUGGCAGCAUAGAAUAGUCAUGAAGAAGUUAGAGGGAACAUAUUUAAUGUUAUUUUCCUUUCCUUUUGUUUCUUGUUGUAUCUGCAUUAUAUUCUAUUCUCAAUGGAUGAGACAUUUUGCCAUGUUAGUAUGUUGGUUUCUUCUCUUGUAAAUAAAUUCAUUGGCAGCAUCAGUCCAAGCAAAUUGAUCUUGAAGUGUAGUUUUACAAGACAGGAUUAAAAACAACACAGAAAGGAACAUCUCAUCACUUAAACAUUGGAAUCAGAUUUGAAAUUUUGAUUGAAUCUGAAGACACUUGUAGCCUUGGCAACUUUUUAUAUCAAUAAGUAAAAAAAGUUUCCAUGGAAUCCCUGCGGUUCACACUUUGCUACUUUUAAAGUGAAGCCUUCCUUCUGAAUAUGGAAUCAAAUUAGUAAAAAUAAAAAAAUCUUUUAUUAAUGCUAGGUGCACCUAGGCAGCCAGAAGGGAUUGACAAUGUAGGAGAAGUGGGCGGAGCAAGGAGAAGAGUCAGAAAUGCUCGGUCAAGAAUGAAUGCCAGAAGAGCGCAAGAUGAUGAUGAUUAUGAUGAUGAUGAAUAUGAUGGUCUGUUGAUAUAUAAUAGUAUGAUAUUAAAAUAUUUAAUUUAUGGGCCAAAUUAGCCCCUUAAGCCCCGAUAUCUAUAUACAAGUUCUCUAGACUGGUCUUAAGAGAAUUGGGUUUAAGAUCAAUGCAUUUUCCAUAAGGUGAUCUUUUUUUUGGAAUUCUUACAACCCUCUCUCUUGAUUAUGUAUCGGGAGAAAAUUGACAUGGAUUACUCUUUGGACUUCAACAGUUAGAGGUCCAAAAGUGGCGCAGGGGUGAAUACCUCUCUCCAAUGUGGCUUGUGCUUGAACCCCAAGGGCAACACCACAUGUGGUUUGACAUUGUUGUUGGUCUUUGCCUUGCCUUAAAGAGGUUUUUCUUUGGAUACUCUGUUUUUGCUCUCUCCUCAAAACCAGCAUUUUCAAAUUUCAGUUUGAUCUGGAAUGUUAGACAAAGAACCACUUUUAGAAGUGCUACCACUUAAUUGUUAUUUAUUCUUUUUUUAAUAUUAUUAUUAAAUUAACCAAUCCACCGUUGGGAUUUUCUGGUGUGCUAACUCAACAAAUACCGGCAUUUUGAAGUAUUAUCACUGAUAGGAGGCAUUUCUUGUCAUAGGUGAUGGUGACGAUGGAGGCUACUCAAUGGGACUUGAUAAUCAGAUGCCUGUUGGUAAGAUUGGAGCAAAAAAACAGCGAAAGCUUGAGAUGAAGGAGGAGAAGAGGAUUUUAAGGGAGGUGCGACAUACUUAGCACACACUCUUCAAUUUAGUGACAAAGAUAUAAAAAAGAGUGUCAAUGUUUUGUGGCAAAUUGACAUUAAAGGGUCUUUCUGUAUCUAAAUGUACAUGACUAAACACCAUUAAUCUACAUGUAUAUGGCCACACUUUUAUGUGCUGGGUAUAGACGCAAGAUUCAACUGCCCAAAGUCUUCAAAUGUAUACAGAUGUAAAUAAAAAAGUAACACAAUUUAGCCUUAUUAUUUAGCCUUAAGAACAAACUCAGGAGGAUUUUAUAUCCCAUGCUUGAGAGUGGAUAGCCAUUUCUUUGUGUUUUUCUGAACCAUACAAAGGUCUCACUGUUUGCAGAGCAAAAGAAGCGCCUUCUACCUCAGUUUAUUUAAGACCAGGCUGCAGACUGCUGCACUGCUAAGGAUCAGUUCAUUUGGGUUGAUCUGAUCAGAGAUCCAAGAAUCACUUGGAUCUUGGUACAUCAAAUGAACAGUAGUUAUCCUUUCCCAGUGUCUAUUUAACAGAUCUUUUGAUGUGCUUUGAUCCAAGUAAUCUCAGAUCAGUGAUCCUGAUUUGGAUCAUCCCAGUGGAAUGCAGAAAGUCAACUCGUCUCUUCUGAAACUCAUAUUGGUGGUAUCCUUUCUCUAGCAAAUGGAGGCUGAACGAGAAGACAGAAAAGAGCGUGAGGCCCUCAGAGAAGAAGAAAGAAAGAGACUGGAGGCACAGAGAAAGAAGGAACAAGAAAGACUUGUAAGUACAUAGUCUUUUGCAUUUGGUAAAAUUAACUGUAAAUUCAUGGAAAUUACAGAAAAAUACUAAAUUUAACAAUGUACAUGUGAAAAACAAUUUUUGAAAAUUGUUUUUCUUGGAUUCUUGCAUUGGUUUCACAGUCAAGUUAAGUUCCAAAUAAAUAGAUAAUUAUAACAAAAAAAUAGCAAAUAAAGUCUUUUACUGGUAACAGCACCACAGAGGGGUUCUUUAUCUACUCUAAUAUUAUUUUAAAUUUAAUUGGAAUUUGGAGUUGUUGGAUUUUGAGGGAAACCAGAGAAUCAGACCCAGGCAUGUAAUUCAGUCCCAUGACCUAAAAUUUUUUUGGUUGGCGAAAUCAAAGACCUCUUGUGAUGUGGUGUCUCUAUAGAUAUCAAAUUUCGUAUUUUAGGAAGAGGAGGAACGCAAAAGAAAGGAGGAACAGGAGCGUAAAGAGCAUGAAGAAUAUCUACUAUUAAAAGAACAGUUUACGGUUGAAGAAGAAGGUGUUGGCGAGACUGCUGAAGAAGUAAGGUUUUGUCAUGUUUUUUUAUACUUUCUAGAUACAGCUUAAAAAAAUAAGAGUGUACAUGUGUUUUUCACUACAACUUCAUUUUCCGUAGCUAGUUUUAUUGUCAAAUUAAGAAAUUACCUGAAAUAUUUCAAAAGUGUUAAUAAUUGUGUUAUGACCAAUCACAGCUAAGAUCAGGACAUGCGAGAAAGCGACAGAAACACAAGCUAAUUACCAUUGUUGCUUGCAGUAUAGUUUUCCUUGUAACACAUUAAAACAUUCUUUCCGGUGUUGAUGAUUUUCUGAGUUUCAUUAUAAGUACUAAUUUGCAUUUAUCUGAUUUAUUUUAGUCGGAAGCUCUCCUAGAGGAGUUCAUUACCUACAUUAAGGUAACUUUCCACAUGCUUGUAAAACUCAAGUUUGCAGCACUUGAUGAGAAACAAGUUGCAUUUGUUUAAGGUUGGCAUCCGUAGCUAAUAGGUACUAAUUUGUUAUUUUCAAUGAUGUACAUUGUCCUUUAAAGGAAACCAAGGUAGUGUUAUUGGAAGAACUAGCUUGUCAGUUUGGUCUUCGCACACAAGAUGCUAUUGAUAGACUGCAGGCUUUACAGGAAAUGGAGAGGAUAACAGGUAUACUUAUUGAUUGGCUGUUGUCUUUGUAAUCUGUAGUUACUAUUUCAGCGUGCAUUAUGAUGAGGCAAAAGUUCCAUGGGGAAUGGGCAAUUCCAGAAAAUAUCCAUACCCAACCACGGACGGCUUCCAUGUUUUAUCCCCCCGUUGCCUUCGGAAAUUCCAAAAUGUGUUACCCCCCCAUGCCCUCAGAAUUCCAUAAUCGUGAACCCCCCCUCCCCUUCAGAAUUUCCGUUUUUUUGGAAGUACAUUUUCGACUUAGCAACGCCUAUAUGAACAAACGAACAUGAAUUUAUGCCUCCUCAAGGCUGUGAUCUAGCGGCGCCAGGCGACAAGCUUUACUCUAACCUAUCGCUAGUAGCCAGGCUGUGCAAACUCCUUUUUAGGUCCGAAUUUGGCUAUAAAAAUAAACACCACUAACGGCAAUUUUACUCCUCUUUGUUUUCUUGUGCUGUUUUGACGUUUACAAAGCAAAAUAGCUCAAAUUCAGACUGUUAAAAUCUUUCGGCGGUCAAAUAUACCGUCGAGUCGUGUUGCGUCCUUUUAUACGUCAUGUAGUGUGCACGAAAAGUGUUCUACUCUGACAGGCGUUCCUUGGAAGCCAGGGACUGGUGCGAGUUUUUUUACUGUUCAUCGGACGGGAGUAACAAGAAACUUGCAAGCAGUAAGAUACAUAUUCAGUUUUUUUUUUUCAUGUGACAAGAAAUUCAUCAAGGUUAAUGUGAAACCCACGUUUUACUGUUCACUUCUAUAAGUUAUGAGCGUGAACACGUGUCUGAUCUAUCGAUGCUUGUCUUCUGCUUCCGCGGUCAUACGUUCGUGGUUUAUUUACGAACUACAAAAGUCCACAACAAUAGCGUUUUCAAGGAACUCACUCUACACUUUCUACUCCAGAAAUCCCACCUGUGGAAUUCCCCCAUGCCUUCGGAUUUCCAAUCAUAAAUACCCCCCAUGCCCUCAGAAUUCCAUAAUCUUGAACCCCCCCUCCCCUUCGGAAAUCCUAAAAGCCGUCCGUGGUAUGGUAUGGAUAUUUUCUGGAAUCGCCCAAUAUCAAUCAUAUGAAACUUCAAAUUACACAUUUUUGACACUAUCCUACCUCCUAGCCCCAACCAGGGCAAGCAUUUAUACCCUAGCCUGAGAAAACAUCUGACAUUUCUAAACCCCACCACUGGUUUCCCUGCAAAAUGAAGUCUGAGGAAUGAGUGCAGAAAUUCCAGAUUGAAUUUUAUUGCAGAGAGGGUGAAGUGUCAAAAAUUUUUGUUGUUGAUAGUCAUCGGUGUUAAGCAUUGCCACUAUCAUCCUCAUCAUUUUCAUGAUCAUAAUUUGUACAUGUAUGCCUUCAGACAGGUGGUUGUGUUGACCAAUGCUGAAGAUAAAUAGGUUCUUCCAGGUUAACCAGGGAUCUCCAUCAUGUACUGCACUGAUAAAGCCCUCCAGUGUUGUCCACUGUGGGCGUUUAUAAGCAUUGCUAAACUGGAUGUUGCUACAUGUAAAGUUGACUCCAGAAAACUCAAACCCUUGCUAACUCAAACCUCAUGCUAACUCAAACCAAAGUCAAUUUCCCCUGGAUUUCCCUCAUACAUGUAUUGUAAUUUUCCGUCAGUAACUCGAACCCUCGAUAACUCAAACCUCCCGCUAAAGCAAAGUAAUUUUUGUCUCCCUUCAGAUCAUUUAACUAUAUAUUUCUACCCUUGAUAACUCAAAACAUGUUUUAAGCAUGUGACAAGUGAAAAAAAAGUUCACUGUAGUCUGAAAUGUUGGAAAAAACAAAACAAGAAAACACAAUCAAAACAAGAAUUCUUUAUGUCAGUUCUUUGUUUCACUUUUUUGUCACUCGAGUUCAAAUUCAACAUCCAUCUCAGAAUAUUAAUUAAUCAAGUUUUGUUGCUUGAUUCCUUUUUCAAAAUACUAAUCUGCAUCUCUUGCUGUCCAUGAGGUGUCCAUCAUGGUUGCAUUCCCUCCCCAUCCAUUUUCUUAUUUCCUUAUUCCCAGUUAUUUUCUUCGAACUCCCGAUAACUCAAACUUUUUUUGAUUUCCCCAGAAGUUUCAAGUUAUCAGGAAUCGACCGUAUUUUAGAAUCCAUUUCUUUUCUUCUGUUUAGGUGAAGCUAUUAAAUUAAACUUUUUUUUUCAUUUAAACUCCUCUUUCAGGAGUGACAGAUGAUCGUGGAAAGUUCAUUUACAUAUCACCAGAAGAGCUCCAAGCUGUAGCCAAGUUUAUUAAGCAGCGUGGACGUGUUACGAUCAGUGAACUUGCAGAAAGCAGUAACACUCUCAUAAAUCUGCAUACAGAUAAGUCUCACACAGAAACUCCAAAUACUGCUCAAGUAUCAGCAUAG